AAUUCUUAGAAAAUAAUGCACACACGAGGGGCAUUACCACCUCGGGUGUGUAUUAUUUUCUAAGAAUUCAAUGCCCGUCGUCAAUUAUUCCUUACUUUAUCCAUACAGCGGAAUUAAAUGGUCUCCAAAAAGAUUUAGUUACCAGUUUUUUUAUUUGUUUUUUCCCUCAGAAAGAAGUAAAUCAUUCUUUUUUUGUGAACUGUACUUUUAAUCUAUGCUCGUACAGAAACUGAAUUUAAAAAUAAAACUACUGUGAGAAAUAUUAAUUGGAGUAAAAAAAAUGUGACGAUUAGCCUCGGUCCCCGAUUAUAUUUUAAUAUUUUACAUUCAAGUCAUCUUAGUAAAGUUGUUGGCCUUUGUAACUUGCCGUACUGUAUCAUUGCUUAGCAACCGGUAGCGUGUUACUAUGUACACACCACUGGGAUGCCUGCAGGUUGGUGAACUAGCGAAUACUUCAGACUACCUCUCUACCGGGGAUGACUAAAGGACACAAAAUGAAAAGUUCUAACAGAUCUACACCAGAACCAACGCUAAGUAAAGUGUUAGGACAGUCCUCCACGUCCAGUGUAGUGUCAGAGUCCAUCACAGAGCCUGACGAUGGACGAGACUCGAGAUCUGCUGUGUGUUCCUCCUCUGCAGUGUCUCAGCAUACGAAUGAGCAUGAUCAGUGCCGUAAAGUUCCCAUACUUCACCAUAUAAUCGUGGAAAGAUAUGAGGGUGAUAAGUGUGGAGAAAUGUUUCAUGGAGAAGGUGUCGCUUAUUUUCAAGGUGGCCAUAUUUACAAGGGUAGUUUUUCACAUGGGUUAAUGCAUGGCUCUGGUGAAUAUAUCUGGUCGGACGGUUUAAAGUAUCAGGGUGAUUUUAAAUUUAAUGUUCCCAUGGGACAUGGGACUUACACCUGGCUAGAUGGCAGCACUUAUGAGGGAGAGAUACACCAAGGUGUCCGUCAUGGUGUCGGGAUGUACAAAUGUUUCAAAACCUCUACUGUGUACAGAGGACAGUGGUAUCUGGGCAAAAGACAAGGGCAGGGGGUAAUGUACUAUAACCAAGCAUCCACAUCAUGGUACAAAGGAGACUGGGUGAACAACCGCAGAGAGGGCUGGGGAAAGCGGUGUUACCCAUCUGGCAAUGUGUAUGAAGGACAAUGGAAAAACAAUGUUCGACAUGGAGAAGGAACAAUGAGAUGGGUUCAGCUGGAUCAGCAAUACAGUGGACAGUGGGUAAAUGGCAUCCAGGAUGGAAAAGGGACACACACAUGGUUCUGUAAAAGAGUUCCAUGCUCUCAAUACCCUCGUAUGAACGAGUACACAGGAGAAUUCGUUCAGGGCAUGCGUCAUGGUCGAGGACAGUUCUUAUAUGCCAGUGGGGCUGUGUAUAGUGGAGAGUGGAAACAUGACAAAAAACAUGGACAGGGGAGGUACACUUUUGAAAAUGGACGGGUGUAUGAAGGAGAGUUUAAUAAGGACUGCAUGGCUGAAUUUCCUGCCUUCACUCCUGGCCUGAGUGGGAUUACGACUCCUUUUCCAGAUGAGAAUGAUUCAUCCAAGAAAUCUUCACAGUCAAGCACAAACUCACCGCUCGGAUCUGACAUGGUUUUGAACAUCCAGAGCCUGUUAAAUAGAGUCCCUGAGGCCCACAGAGAUCAAGAACUCAAACAGGUGGAAUAUGCAGUGCUGAGACACAUUGGUUUGUUGAGGGAAAUCUAUAGCUUCUACAGCAGCCUUGGACAUGAGCAGUCUCCAGACAAAAUAUUCCCACUGACCCACCUGCAGUUCUCUCGAUUUCUCAUGGACUGUAAAGUUCACCAGCACAGAGUCACGCAAGCGCAAAUAGAGCGUCUCAUCACUGAUCAGGUUCAUUCUCCUUUCACUGCCAUUCUACCGAGAGAGUGUAUCAGCUAUAUUGUCAUUGUAGCAUAUCAUAUUUGCCACAAAGAUAUUGAGUCUUCUAAUAACAUACUCGCAACAUGUUUUUCAAAGCUCAUGAGGCAGAACAUCAUUCCCAAUGCAAAGAAUGUGAAAGGCUCUCUGUUCUGCCAUCCUGUCCAUGCUGCGGUUGCAUGUCAUUACUCAGACAGAUGCUGGGAAAUUUACCAGGCUCUGUGUAAAGCAAAUUCAAUCCAGCCUGACCAAAUCUUGACUGCAAGGCUAUUUGUCUGGUUGCUCAAGGACCUCUGUCUAUAUGACAGUGAGCUAACCGUGUCCAAAGUGUUAGAGAUCCUUUCUGUGAACAGUCCUGCAAUUCAUGAUGGAAUCUACAGCAACCUGGACCUGGAGAUAAGCUUUCUGGAGUUCUUUGAGGCAUUGUUGGGCUGUGCUGAGGUGAAAGGCCAGAGAAUCCAAACUGAUGUUGAGAGCCAGACUGACACAAGUCACUGGGACGACACUGUGAAGAAUAUUACAGAGCUGAGUUCAAAUCAGGCGGUCUCAUCUUUUGAAAUGUUUCAGUCAUCCCUAUCUGAGGAGAUGGAGCAAAGGCAAAGUCCUGUGCUUGCUUUCAAAGAGAAGGACUGGAUACAGAAAACUCAGCAGUUCUUCACUCAGAUCUUCUUCCCUGCAUAUGAGCACAGUGUGAAGGAGAAGAGACUCAAACUGAGAGAAAAGAACAGAAGUGCUCUUGCAGAUGCUGACAAAGAAAGACACACAGAGCAGCUGGAGGCUGAGGAGAGACAAGGCGAAGAUGGAGACAGAGAGGCCCCAAACAACGAUGCUAACCGCUCACCCCCCUUUCUCCCAUGACCCGUGUGUCCUCUACUACAUCUGUGAUUUCAAAACAGUAGUAAAU